AUGCAACUGCGUAAAAAGAAAUAUGGUGCUUCAACUAUAAGCUUAGGAAACUUCGAAAAUUUAUGUGCUGAAAACUCUACAGUACCACAAUCUGAAGAUGAAACAUUUGUUCUUUCUUACCAUGUGCAAUAUGAAGAUGAUAUUGAUGAUAACGAGGACGCAAUGGAUGGUGAAAAUAAAUUUAGAUUUUUUAUAAUAUCGAAAAGAUUAUUAGAAAUCGCUUCUAUUUCAACACGAAUACAUGCAGACGCCACAUACAAACUCAAUUGGCAAGGAUUUCCUGUAUUGAUAAUAGGAGCAACUGAUUCUGAUAGAAAAUUGCAUCCAUUUGGAUUGGCAGUUUGUAGUAAUGAACAACAACAAGAUUUCGAAUUUAUUUUCAAAAGCAUUUCCAACGGUGUUGACCAAAUAGUUCAAUCGAAAUUCAUGUCUGAAGUUUUAAUAGCUGAUGGUUCUGAUGCCAUACGGAAUGCAUUUGAGACAACAUUUAACAAUGAUAAAAUUGUGAUCUGCUGGGCGCAUAUGCGACCACAUGUUGAUAAAAAGUUAACCAAUGACAUCGUACAUAGAUGGUCUAAAUCUCGGGAUCCAAACCAAAUAGAUCCAAUUAUUUAUUCAUCAGAGCCAACAAUUACAUUAAAAAAAUGGACUGAUGCUUAUCAUUUUGCUAAAUCGUCGAACUUGGUAUUACAAAUACCAUCGAGCCGAAAAGGUGCUAUUGAUUAUUAUAUACCAGCUGGUGAAGCGGAACAUAUUACACAACAUGAUAUUCAAAAAUACAAGAAAAAAACCUGGAAUUCCUUUGAUCAAUUCAAGAUUCUUCAAUUCGGUAUAUGGAAAGUGACUUUAUCUAAUGAUGGAACGGAAUGGAAAAGUGGCACUUGAAUGAUAUUCUCUUUAAUACUUCCAAUAUUAUUUCUCUUUGCACCAUCAUCAUUUCAUACAACUCGUACAUCUAAUUUUCUUAUUAUUUGUCUUGUUUGUUUAACCAAUAUGUUUUGUCUUUAUAUUCAAGCACAUAUGUUAAGUGGUUUAGGUGAACCAAAUUUAUCAUUUCAUACAUGUCGUUUUUUUGUUUAUUUAUCAACAUUAGCUAAACCAAUAGAACUUUAUUUAACAUUAUUAUUUAGUAUUGAAAGAAUAUUAACAAAAAAUUUAUUAAAUUCUAUUUUAUCAAAGAAUAAUUAUCGAUCAUAUUUUAAAAGAUUAUAUGAAAUUUUAAAGCUUAUUAAAAAGAAUCCAUCUAUAUCAAAAAGUAAUAUUAUUUCACGAGAAAAUAAUAUUGAUAAUAAUAAUCAAACAGAUCAAAUUAAUUUUCAAUAUUGUUAUCGUUCAUUAAAUGUUGAAACCUAUGCAAAAAUUUUAUCAUUUUAUACAAUACAAUAUUGGUUUGAAUAUGGAAUAUUAACAAUAAUUACUAUUAGUUUUUUAUCUAUUAUUAUAUAUCAAUAUUGUUUACCUUUUUUACGACAACGUUCAUCAUCUCGUUUAAGUGUUAAUACAAAAUUUUAUUUAUCACUUUCAACAUGUGUUAUUUUAUUUGAAGUUGUUUUACUAUGUUUACAUUUUAUUAUUACUAGUGUUGACAAUAAUACAGAUACUCAAGUUAAUUCUUUGCAAAUAAUGUUAUUUGUAUACAAUAUACGUUGUAUUUUAUUACCAUUUAUGAUUUGUUUAACAACUUGUAGUCCAUUAAAACAAUGGAUUUAUCAACUUAUUAUUCUACGUCCAUAUCUAGAUAACAUCAAUGAAAAUGAUCAAACAAAGACAAUCAUUGAUCAAUCAGAACCAUUAACAUCUUCUCAACAAAUAAUUUCUUAG